AUCAUUCAGACCAAGAGAACCGCUAUGAAGAGCCAGCAGAUCCUCCGGCUCAUCCAAUGCAUCACUGCCACAAUUACACAAAGGCGGAUGAGAACAGAAAGCAGGAACGACGUCAAGCCAAGCGGAGGCUUUAUGUUGCCUCAGUAAUCUCUUUUAUCUUCAUGAUUGCUGAAAUCAUAGGUGGCCACAUUGCGGGAAGCCUCGCCGUGAUGACAGACGCCGCUCACGUCUUGGUUGACUUGAUGAGUUUCCUCAUCAGCAUUUUUUCUCUGUGGUUAUCAUCAAAACCGCCCAGUAAGAGAUUAACAUAUGGAUGGCAAAGAGCAGAAAUUCUUGGAGCUUUCCUCUCGGUGAUCUUCAUUUGGCUGGUGACUGCUGUGUUGACAUAUUUAUCCAUCCUGAGGCUGCUGCACCCAGAUUAUAAAAUCGAAGGCACAGUCAUGCUCAUUACAUCUGGCUGUGCUGUGAUAGCCAACAUAAUAAAACAGUUCAGUCCAGAACUUAAAAUAGCUGACCCAAUCUGCACUUUUGUAUUUUCCAUAUUCGUUCUGGCAACCACCCUGCCUAUUUUACGAGACCUUUUACACGUGUUGAUGGAAGGGAUGCCAAGAGGACUUAGCUAUGAUGAAGUGAAAGGAAGAAUUCUAAUAAUGGAUAAAGUAGAGUCUGUCCACAGCCUUCAUGUUUGGUCUCUGACAAUGAGCCAAAUGGUCCUUUCAGCUCAUAUUGUCACAGUGGCGAAUGCAGACAAGCAGAACACUUUGAAUGAAAUUACUGAACUUCUAUUUGACACAUACAGUUUUCACACAGUUACUCUUCAGAUUGAAUCCAAAGCAGACCAGAAACCAGACUGCAUCUUCUGUCAAGACCCAAGAGAUUAAGUUUAUCAGGAAUCUGUUAAGCAACAGUUAUUUAAUGAGCUGAUUGUCACCAGACAUGGUGAAGAAAUAACGAUUUCUUGAACAUCCAACCAAAGUGAACUGGAAACAAGGAAGAUUUAUAAAUACUGCAUUAUGUUCCUUUUCAUGUGUCCUGGUGACAGUUAUAAUUUUUACCCAUAUCUAUAUUCCAUUCCAGUUUUGUAUUUCGCUCUGAUUUGUUUUUACAAGAUGAAACAAUCACUAUGAAAGUUUG